AUGGAUGCGUUCAGUGGGUACAACCAAAUUCGAAUGAACCAUGUAGACGAGGAGCACACCGCCUUUACCACAGACAAAGGUCUCUAUUGUUACCAGGUCAUGCCUUUCGGAUUAAAGAAUGCAGGUGCCACUUAUCAGCGACUUGUCAACUCCAUGUUUGAGGAAGUUAUCGGUACUAUCAUGGAGGUUUACGUGGACGAUAUGCUGGUAAAAAGUUUAACUUCGGAGGACCACGUAACCAACUUGUCAAUCGUCUUCACCAUCAUAUUACGCAAUGGUAUGCGGCUUAACCCACAGAAGUGCAUCUUCGGGGUCGAGGUAGGAAAGUUUCUCGGGUACAUCAUUAGCCACAGGGGAAUUGAAGCCAACCCGGAGAAGGUGCAGGCUAUAUUAGACAUGCACGUCGAGGUAAUAGCCUGGACGGCUGAGCACGAGGCUGCUUUUCUUGGCUUGAAGGCGUACUUGUCAGAGGUACCUCUACUCUACAAACCUGUUCCAGGAGAAAUGCUCUACAUAUAUCUGGCGGCAUCGUCAACGGCUGUGAGCUCAGCUCUGAUUAGGAAAGACUCCGAUUGCGAGUACCCGGUGUACUACGCUGGAAAGGGGUACACUGGUGCAGAAUCCAGGUACCCGGACAUUGAAAAAAUAGCACUGGCCCUCCUUGUAUCGGCCCGGAAGCUUAGGCAUUACUUCCAAGCACACUCAAUCACCGUUUUCACUAAUCACCCAUUGAGGCAGGUUUUGCAGAAACCAGAGACAUCGGGCAGGUUAAUUAAAUGGGCCAUCGAGCUGGGGGAGUUCGAUAUCAAGUACCAGCCCCAGACAGCUAUUAAGGGCCAGGCAGCGGCAGAUUUUAUUUCUGAGUCAAUUCCCUCCCAGAACCCUCCCCUGGAAUCACCUGAACCACUAGCCCCGGAUACACCUCCACCAGGCACUUGGCGAUUAUAUGUUGAUGGCGCAUCCAACAAGAAAACAAGCAGAGCCGGUAUCCUGCUAAUUAGCCCGGACGAUCAAGUCUACGAGUACGCCCUCAAAUUUGCCUUCAAGGCAUCCAACAACACCGCAGAGUAUGAGGCACUCAUAGCAGGUCUGCAGAUUGCCCGGGAACUAGGGGUCAGCGGUAACUUCGAGGCAAAAGAGCCCUACAUGUCCUCUUACCAGGCUCUGGCCCGGGCAUUAGUUCAGAGAUUUACCUCCUACAUUUUUACCCAAAUACCGAGGGCAGAAAACGACAAGGCAGACGCCCUUGCUAAGCUUGCAUUAACUUCUCCAAGUCCUACCUAUGGGGCCACUAAGGUCGAAGUACUUGAAAGACCUAGCACUUCUAAAACGGUGUCAGAAAUAUUCGCGGUGGAUCACACUACUUCAUGGAUGGACCCAAUUUUGAAAUACAUGGUCGACGGCCUGGCACCGGACGAUAAGGUAGAGGCCAGAAGACUACAGUUAAGGUCAGCUCGAUACACGAUCAUGAAUGACAAGUUAUACCGGAGAGGCCACUGCUUCCCCAAUCUAAAGUGUGUAACACCGGAGGAAGGCCACAAAAUAAUGAAGGACAUACAUGCUGGUGUAUGCGGUAACCAUGCCGGAGCCCGAUCUCUUGCACACAAGACCCUAAGGGCAGGAUAUUUCUGGCCAACCAUGUCGGCCCUAGCCCAAACGAUAUCUAGUUCUUGCCACAAGUGCCAAAUGUAUGCAAAUAUCCCAAGGGCACCGCCCAUUGCCCUCUCCAUCCUCCUUGCACCAUGGCCGUUCUGCCAGUGGGGUUUGGACUUGAUUGGUAAACUUCCCACUGCUGUGGGACAAUUCAAAUACGCCAUCGUCGCUGUGGACUACCAAACAAAGUGGAUUGAAGCAGAACCUCUUGUCGCCAUCACCACAGAAAAGGUAAAAAAUUUCCUGUGGAAGAACAUCUACUGCAGGACCACGGCAACAGAGGCCACCGGAGAGACCCCAUUCUGCAUGGCUUUCGGAUCAGAGGCGGUACUCCCUAUUGAAACACAAAUCCAGAGUCCCCGGAUCGAAUACUUCGAUGCGGGUACCAACCAAGAAGGCCUACAGCUCGAUGCUGACUUACUCGAGGAACGAAGGGAUGUGGCACACAUGCAUAACUUGGCUAACAAGCGGAGGAUAGCUCGCUAUUACGAUGCCAAGGUACAAUCCCGCACACUGAAGUUGGGGGACUGGGUCAUGAAGCAGGUCUACCCAGAACCCCGGGGACUAGAUCCAUCCUGGACAGGCCCUUACGAGAUCAUUGAGGAGGUAGGCCCCGCAACCUUUUUCAUCCGAGACAUGAACGGGGCCGUUUCCAGGCAUCCAUGGAAUACCCAGCGCCUGCGGUACUAUUACAAGUAG